GUCUUCAAAAGUUAAAAAAUUGAAUUUAUUAGCUCUGACUCUAGAGCAUUUUAAGCUUAGAUUCAGUUUGAAAGCUGUUGCUUUGGCCAGCAAGAUGGAUCUUUAAUAUAUAUUACAUGAUUCUGUACAGUUUUGACAGUGAUGAAUUCAAACUUCAGAAGCAUUCUGCAAGGUCACUCAGAGAAGGCAGUGAUCACUCAUAUUUAGGCAGUCAUUCUAAUGAAUAUAGUUAGGAAUAAAAAUGAUUUUUACAAGACAAAUGCAUAUCUAUGCUUAUAAAACCAAAUAGAUUGACUGAUAGCCAUUAUCCACUAGUAAUCUAUCUGUAUUUAUUAUCACAUAUAUAUGAAAAGCCUAAUCAAAUGAAGUGCUCAACUCUAAAACUUUUAUGACAGUUAACAAUUUUUGGGAGGUGUAGGAUUUGACAGACUUUUCUGCCAUAAAUCUUGACAUAUUUUAGUUAUUAUUACUCUGGCACAGGAGAUAAAUGAUUACAGGAAAUCAUAGUCUCAAAAGGUUUACCAUUCAUAAGUAUUUAGACAAUUAUAAGCAACAAAUAAAUAGCCCUGAUGAAAUACAACUGAGGAUGAUUUGGCAUGUCGAAAUUCCCUCUAAGGAGGAGUGAUGCAACUGUUUUCUUAUUUCUGACAUUUAUUAAAAAUAAACUUUACUGUGUAUAUUUAACAUAGGUUAUACAUGAUGUUAUGGGAUGCAUACAGGUAGUAAAAAUGUUACUAUAAAGAAGCAAAUUAACACAUCUAUUAUCUCACAUAGUUACCCAUUUUUUGUUUUUAUGGCAAAAGUAGCUAAAAUCUACUCAUUUAGCAUGAAUACUAUAUACAGUGCAAUUUUGUUACCUUUAGUUCUCAUGUUGUAGCUCACAUCUCUAGACUUAGUAUUCAUUCUACAUAUUUGUAACUUUGUAUCCUCUGAUCUACAUCCGCAGCACCCCCACCCCUGGCCCCCUUCCUUCCCCCUCAUGCCCUGCCCCUGACAAUCACUGUUUUGUUCUCUAUGUCUGCAUAUUUGGAUUUUAAAAUCCUACAUGUGAGAUUGUGCAACAUUUUCUGUGUCUGACUUAUUUAACUUAGCAUAAUGUCCUCCAGAUUCAUCCAUGUCAUGGCAAUUGGCAAGAUCUCCGACUUUUUAAAGGGGAAUAAUGAAUGAUUAUGUUUAAAUCCAUUUACUUGUUUAACAGGUAUUUAUUGAAUAUCUCAUAUGGGCCAAGAAUUGCUCUAAGCAUUCGAGAUAAAGCAGCAAACAAAAUCAACAAAAGCCCUGGCCAAUUCUGUACUUAGAACAUAGGGUAGACAUGGGUGGGUUGGUAGAAGGAUAUAUUAAAGAAAAUAAACAAACAUACAAAGUGUGUACAUGUCAAGGACAGCACUGUCUCCAUAGAAAUUUCCUCAGUGAUACAAAUAUUCUAUAGCUGUGCUGUUCAAUAUGGUAGCCACUGGCUAUAGGUGACCAUUGAAUACUUGAAAUAAACCGAGUGUGACUAAAGGGCCUAAUUUUAAGUUUUGUUUUAUUUCAACAAAUUUAAACUUCAAUUUGAAUAGCCACAUAGGGCUAGUGGCUACCGCAUCCGAGGAUGCAGAUCUAGAUAGUUAUAAAAUCACAGAGCGUAUGUGAGGGAUGGGCAAGGCAUAGAGAAGUGAUUGCAAUUGUAAAUAGAGUGGUCAAAAAAUGCAUCUUGAAGAGACAUUUGGGCAAAUAUCAAAAAGAGGUGAAAGAGCCAGGCUUGCAGAUAUUUAGAUGAUAAUUGUUUCUGGCAUAGGAUUGGGAAGUGCAGAGAUCCAGAAGUGGAUGCCACCUGGCUUGGAAGAGUCAUGGAGACCAGUGUGGAUACGACAGAGUGAGUGUGUGGAGAAAGAUUGGCAAACGCACUGCCUAUUUACAGCAUAGAGACCCCAGAGGAGAGCUAGAAACAGCCUCAUGUUCCCUGCUUGACUCGAGAGAUGACUUUCCUUUGGAUUCACUUAUCUGACUGUUUGAAUUCUAGAAGGACCAACACCAGAUAAAUUAUGAAUGUUGAACAAGAUGACCUUACAUCCACAGCAGAUAAUGAUAGGUCCUAGGUUUAACAGGGCCCUAUUUGACCCCCUGCUUGUGGUGCUGCUGGCUCUUCAACUUCUUGUGGUGGCUGGUCUGGUGCGGGCUCAGACCUGCCCUUCUGUGUGCUCCUGCAGCAACCAGUUCAGCAAGGUGAUUUGUGUUCGGAAAAACCUGCGUGAGGUUCCGGAUGGCAUCUCCACCAACACACGGCUGCUGAACCUCCAUGAGAACCAAAUCCAGAUCAUCAAAGUGAACAGUUUCAAGCACUUGAGGCACUUGGAAAUCCUACAGUUGAGUAGGAACCAUAUCAGAACCAUUGAAAUUGGGGCUUUCAAUGGUCUGGCAAACCUCAACACUCUGGAACUCUUUGACAAUCGUCUUACUACCAUCCCGAAUGGAGCUUUUGUAUACUUGUCUAAACUGAAGGAGCUCUGGUUGCGAAACAACCCCAUUGAAAGCAUCCCUUCUUAUGCUUUUAACAGAAUUCCUUCUUUGCGCCGACUAGACUUAGGGGAAUUGAAAAGACUUUCAUAUAUCUCAGAAGGUGCCUUUGAAGGUCUGUCCAACUUGAGGUAUUUGAACCUUGCCAUGUGCAACCUUCGGGAAAUCCCUAACCUCACGCCGCUCAUAAAACUAGAUGAGCUGGAUCUUUCUGGGAAUCAUUUAUCUGCCAUCAGGCCUGGCUCUUUCCAGGGUUUGAUGCACCUUCAAAAACUGUGGAUGAUACAGUCCCAGAUUCAAGUGAUUGAACGGAAUGCCUUUGACAACCUUCAGUCACUAGUGGAGAUCAACCUGGCACACAAUAAUCUAACAUUACUGCCUCAUGACCUCUUCACUCCCUUGCAUCAUCUAGAGCGGAUACAUUUACAUCACAACCCUUGGAACUGUAACUGUGAUAUACUGUGGCUCAGUUGGUGGAUAAAAGACAUGGCCCCCUCCAACACAGCUUGUUGUGCCCGGUGUAACACUCCUCCCAAUCUAAAGGGGAGGUACAUUGGAGAGCUUGACCAGAAUUACUUCACAUGCUAUGCUCCGGUGAUUGUGGAGCCCCCUGCAGACCUCAAUGUCACUGAAGGCAUGGCAGCUGAGCUGAAAUGUCGGGCUUCCACAUCCCUGACAUCUGUAUCUUGGAUUACUCCAAAUGGAACAGUCAUGACACAUGGGGCGUACAAAGUGCGGAUAGCUGUGCUCAGUGAUGGUACGUUAAAUUUCACAAAUGUAACCGUGCAAGAUACAGGCAUGUACACAUGUAUGGUGAGUAAUUCCGUUGGGAAUACUACUGCUUCAGCCACCCUGAAUGUUACUGCAGCAACCACUACUCCUUUCUCCUACUUUUCAACCGUCACAGUAGAGACUAUGGAACCGUCUCAGGAUGAGGCACGGACCACAGAUAACAAUGUGGGUCCCACUCCAGUGGUCGACUGGGAGACCACCAAUGUGACCACCUCUCUCACGCCACAGAGCACAAGAUCGACAGAGAAAACCUUCACCAUCCCAGUGACUGAUAUAAACAGUGGGAUCCCAGGAAUUGAUGAGGUCAUGAAGACUACCAAAAUCAUCAUUGGGUGUUUUGUAGCCAUCACACUCAUGGCUGCAGUGAUGCUGGUCAUUUUCUACAAGAUGAGGAAGCAGCACCAUCGGCAAAACCAUCAUGCCCCAACAAGGACUGUUGAAAUAAUUAAUGUGGAUGAUGAGAUUACGGGAGACACACCCAUGGAAAGCCACCUGCCCAUGCCUGCUAUCGAGCAUGAGCACCUAAAUCACUAUAACUCAUACAAAUCUCCCUUCAACCACACAACAACAGUUAACACGAUAAAUUCAAUACACAGUUCAGUGCAUGAACCGUUAUUGAUCCGAAUGAACUCUAAAGACAAUGUACAAGAGACUCAAAUCUAAAACAUUUACAGAGUUACAAAAAACAAACAAUCAAAAAAAAGACAGUUUAUUAAAAAUGACACAAAUGACUGGGCUAAAUCUACUGUUUCAAAAAAGUGUCUUUACAAAAAAACAAAAAAGAAAAGAAAUUUAUUUAUUAAAAAUUCUAUUGUGAUCUAAAGCAGACAAAAUUAUGUGUAUUCCUCAGAACCUGUUUUUGCUGCACUUAUUCACUAUUUUCCCACAUCUCGUUCCUCCCUUCCCUGAUUGCCAUAUUUUUCAUAGCAGAUCUCAAUUCCUUAAAGAACUGGUCUAGGAAAUUUUGUAAGAAUUCUGUUACACUUUGAGAUUUUUAUGGUGAAUUCUAGUGGUGAGAUCCAGUCUAUUUUGUCUCUCUCUCUUUUUUUAAUUUUUUUCUUUUUCCCUCAUACCCAUAUGAAGUAAUCCAAUGGGGAAUGCAAUAUUAGAAAUAGAUUUUUAAGAGAGAACAAGGAAAAAAAAUGCAAGAUCUUAUAUUUUUCAUGUAAUGACCUGUUCUGUAUUUAUGAGGGAGACCAUUCUAUGGAAAAGAAAAGUAAGCAAACAACAGAUUAAUUUACAUAUGAGCAUCUAUAAAACCCAUGACUUUUAAACAACUCUAGAACCAGAAUUUGUAGUUAAAAAGCUAAAAAUAAGAUUAUAAAUAAAAUAUUGUUGGUUUUUCUGUACCUGGACACAACUCAUUUGUAGUAUGGCUCAAAUGUGAGAAACUUGAAGGUAAUUAGAUUUUCUGCUUUCUAAGAAAGAAAAUACUACAGUAUUCUUUAGUCACAAAACCAAUCUCUACAGGGUCCUGUUUGACUAGUUGACUUGAGUUUUAGAUCUGUGUUUAAGGAUGCUGUGGUAUUUUUUCCUUCUCAUUAGGCUUACACUUUGUAGAAUGCUCAGGUUCAAAAAUAAUGAUUUUGUGAAGUAAAUUUAAUUCUACUUGAAGGAAAGUUUCAGUACAAUUUAUUUACUGUCUCCUAAACGUAAUUUCAUUGGUCAGAUGAACUAUAACUGCAAAACAUGAAAGUGUUCUAAAUCAUCUAGAGCUGAAAAAGAAUAUUUGGUGAUGAGUAUUAGCAAAUUCAGUUCAAUUCAAUGAUAAUUAUUAAAGACCUACUGUGUGCAAAAUACAGAUUUUAGUAUCGUGGGUGCACAGUUGACAAGAUCUGGUUCCUGCUCUUGCAUUACUCCCAAUCUAUAUAAAAAUGAUUAAAGAAAUCAUCUCAGUUCAUUACUGGUUGCCAGCUCUAAUUUUACUGUUAGGUGAAAGGCUGUGAAUCAGAACCUUAACUUUCAAAAUAUUAGAUUAUUAGAUUAUUGUUAUUAUAGAAAACUCUUGGAUUUCUGGUUUCUUCCAUCUUUCUGGAAGAGGUGAUUAUCUUUUUCUAAAUGCAAACUGCAGAUCUAUAAGAAGUGUGGGUUUAGAUUUGCUCUGAAGGAUGAAUACAUACCAGAGAGGGCAAUGCUAAAUCAGUGGUAAUUAAUUAAUGGUAUUUUUUAAGGAGCUGGGGGAAUUUUGGCUAAGAGACCAUACACUAGAUUCCAAGUAAAAAGGGAACUUUCUGGUUAUUACACCUUGGCAUUCUCCUGAUAUUUUCAUAUAUUAUGUAUAUGACUUCUAUUGUUAUGUGAAACAAGUGAAUACAUACAGAUCUCAUUAUCGGCCUUGAAACUUGCUACCUUGGUGAUGAAACAAGGACUGACCAAGCUGAAGAAAACUUCAGCUCCUAAUGGCUAAGAAGCUUGGAUACUGACACUUAAUUCUGCAGGCUGAACCUUACUCCAUGGUUUUGUGGUUUCCAGGUGUGAAAAAUCAAUUAUUAAUAGCAAAGUAGGUCAGAGAAAUGGGAGAAAAGGAUGGGAAAUGAAGGAGAGCAUUCAAGAGUCUUGCUUCUAUUUUUUUGAUCACCAAUUCUCUGACUUUUUUCUUCCUUAUAUCUUACCUCCCUUUGUUAGGAACACAAUCCACACUUGAUUUCACUGUGAAGACUCAAGAAAAGGGAAAACAUAUUUUGACUAUUGUUUGUCAAGUUAUUCAGUAUUGAAUAUACUUAACAUAUUCCCAACCUGCAGAUCACAAAAACACAAACAAGCAACAACAAAAAACACCAACAAAUAUCUGUAACAACAAGCAAGCGCUAGUACAAACAAAAGUGAUAUAAAUCGAGAGGGAAAAUGAUCCUGCUUUCUCUACUUGGCCUGUGUUCACCAAACUCUGUCUUCGCUGACCCUGAAGCUUCUUUCAUUUUAAGCUUAGAAUUCUUGCAGGUUUAGUCCAAGUAUGCAAUUACCCUUGGCUGUGAGAGGUGGCUGAGCAGGUAGAAAAAUGCUACCAAAUAGGAUGAAAGGUGAACUUGUACUUAAAAAGUUAGGUUGGAAUCUAAAGCAUACAAUUCAGUCUUCUAGGAGAUUAUAGUAUAGUACUAAUGAAUAUCUUUUGUGAAAAAAAUUGAUGCAAGGUUUAAAUAAACAAGACUUGACUUCUACAAUAAAUUUAGAAACUCUUUUACCAAAGGUCCUCAUUGCAGGUUUUGGGGAUAAAGGGUAGAGUGCUAUAAAUCUAUUAUUUAAAGAAAACUAAAAUGAAUUCUAGAUGUUUCUGAUUAACAGUAAGCCUCUAUUUUCCCUGCAUAAUAUAUUUGACCCUUGGCCCAUCAGAACAGUAGCUGCACUGAUGUAUUAGAGACCAUUACAAACGUGAAUUUACUUAGUUUAGCAGGAAGCCUAGAUGACUGUUUAAAUAUUCGCUAUACUGUUGUACCAAAAUAUAAUUCUAUGUCUACUGCUCCUUGUAGUCUAUCCAAAGGCAACUGGGUGGCAGUAUCCUGAAAUAUGCACACCAAAAAUACACCAUUUACAAUUCAUCAAGUUAAAGUAACCCAGUGAUAAUCUGUGUGUGUGUGUGUGUGUGUGUGUGUGUGUUUGUAUUUGUAUUUCCUACUAAUAGUAUGCAUUUUGCUUCCCUAAACAUCCAAGAUGCUUCAGAAAGAAGAUUCUCUAACAUCUUUUUCUAUUCAGGAAUUUUACUCCUCCACAUCUGCCAUGACCUUAGUCUUGAACACUCUUUUGAAAGUGUACAGAUGUAUUUGCAUUAGCAAAAUAAUAGAAGGAUUUGGUGUAGCUUACACAUAUAGGCUCUGAUAAAGCUUUAAUAAUUUCCCCUCGUAUUUCAAAUAUUCUGAAAUCGUGUAUCUUUUUCAAAGACUGAAAUAGGUUAUUUGCAUAUGGAAGAGUGAUAAAAUUUUUUUUUUGAUAAAGAAAAUGUGGCUAGUUCAUAACUGCUUUUAGUCCUUAUAAUCAAAAAAUUAAAUAUUAGGAUAUUGUUUGAGACCCGUUUACCAUGAAAUAAAAUUCUAAAUAUAGAUGUGCUGGGGGUAAAAAUUCUUGACAAUGUAAGGGCUAUUUACAUGGCAGAAAGAAAAGGAAGAAGGCAUAUUAAGAAUAGCCUUCACUGAAACAUAAAAACAUAUUAAGUAGAUGGCGCCAGAGUAUCCAACAUUUUUAAGGUAAAGAUUGAUCAAGGUGAAAAAAAAAAAACCAAAAAACUUCAGUCUCAUCUUUUUGGGAUAAUCUUCAAGAUAUUUAGAUAAAGUAGAAGAGUUAGAUGAGUGCUUACAAAUACAAUGUGGAACUCUAAAGCAAUAUAAUUUUAAAAUAUUGUGUUCAACUACUUAUGUGUUGCUUCAGCUUGUUUUAAUAAGAAUCUUGAACAUAAUGAUAUCAUUAACUAUCCAGACACAGCAUGUGAAUGCUGGGUAAGCAGUCAUACUCUGCAAAAGCUGUCUUUCUCUUAAAUAUAGUAGCACAGAAUCAAAUAUCUUAUAAAACGUAUCCUGAAAUUACAUAUGCACCAUUAUAUCUGAUUAGAAUGUGAUUUUGUACAAUAGCUACUUCUGAUAAAAAUGAGUGUAAAAAGUUACCUUCCAAAAAUCAAGGUCCCUGCAAUUCUUUCUCUUCUUUUGCAAGAAGAAAUGUGAAUUCCUAAAAGCUCUGUACGUAUUAGAUAGGAAGCAGCUGGGACACCACUGUCUUCUCAUGCUCCAUCGGGAUACAGAACAAGAUACAUCUGGCUGUAUGAGAGAAAAAAGAAAUCUUCUAGAAUUAACGUAGCACACUGUCAAUUAGGAUCCAAAUUUAGAUACUGAAUGAAGCCUUCUCAAAACACAUACCAGUUCACAUCCUUCUGUUUCUUAAACUGCUGCCAACAGAACUUCCGAAAUUUCAACCUUAUUUGAGAAAACUAUAUAAAUUGUAUGUAAAAUUAUAUAAUUAAAUUUUAUAAUAUGGUUAGCAGUAAAAUGUAAAACUGCUGUUCAUUUUUUGUUUUGCCCAGGAUUAAGAAAAAAGGAAAAUAGAGAGGAACUUGCUGCAAGGCAGACAAUAAAUGAAGCUAUUUUAAUGAAAGCACAUGAUAUUGGAAAAAUCUUUGUUUUGUAAAUUGUGUUCUAUGCAGAAAAUGAGCACAUCCAUCUAU